AUGUCUACGGAUCUAAAGAAAUCUAACAAGAUCAGGGAAAUUGUUAGACUUCAACAGAUCCUCAGGAAAUGGAGAAAGCUUGCUGAUUCUUCAAAAGCCACUGCUAACACCACUGUGGCCACCACCACAACCACCAGUAAGAGUAUGAGGUUUCUGAAGAGAACCCUUUCCCUAUCAGAACGUGAGGGAGGGUCAAGCAAUGGUGUUCCAAAAGGGUACCUUGCUGUUUGUGUUGGUGAAGAGCUUAAGAGGUUCAUCAUACCAACUGAGUAUUUGGGUCACCAAGCCUUUCAGAUGCUCCUGAGAGAAGCAGAAGAAGAAUUUGGGUUUCAACAAACAGGUGUUCUCAGAAUUCCUUGUGAAGUGGCUGUUUUUGAGAGUAUCUUGAAGAUGGUGGAAGGGAAAGGGGACAUGUUUUCCUCCCAAGAACGUAGACUCAGCAUUGAAGAGAUGAUCAUGGGGUACUGCUCAGAAAACCAGCUUGCAUAUUCUCACCAUCCUCAGAGUCCAUUGUGCAGAUAG